GCACCUGCCAACACUGUCAAACGAGAUCUAGCCGCUCAAAAAACGGCUUAUACACACCUUCAACGUCCCCAAAGGAAGAUGUCAUGGCUCCCCGGUUGUCGUGUCUUGCUCUUGUGAAGUCUGAAAUCAUAUGCAUGAGGUUGUACCUCAACGUCGUCACCGGUGAUCGGGUACUUCGAAAGUAGCAAAUCCACGUGAUAAUCGCAAGGUAAUUACGCCAGGGUUCUCUCACCUAAAGUCUUCGAGUAGCAUUCGCCGCAUCAAUUCAAUCUCCCUCUUCUUGCACGAGUCUGUUAUUUGUAUUUCUCAGACAUGGCUACAAUUGCAUCCCAGGUCAUUCUCCACCCUUAUGUUUCUCAGUCCUUGAAAUUUGGAUCAUUCAAUGUCGGCCGGGAUAAGCUCUACCGCACGGUCCAGUAUUUCUCUCGGUUCCUCGCCUGGUUCCUCCUCUCUCGAGGCAACAAGGUCGAAGCUGCUCGAUGGACAGCUCUCAAGAGCCACCUAGGACUUGGCCGUAAACUUAUGAGACUUGGGAAACCCGUCGAGCACCUUCAAGCCGCAUUGCGUGCAGCUCAAUAUACGGGUGAAGUUGGCGAACAAUUGACUAGCAUCGGUCGGCAGCUUGCCUACUUCGGGUACCUCACGUAUGACGGAGUUGUGUGGGCGAACUCCGCCAAGUUCAUUGUCCUGAAGCCCAGCACUGCUGAGAAGGUCACCAAGACGUCCAACAGAUUAUGGUUGGCUGGAAUCUUGUUUAGCAUCACACAUGGACUGCUGAAGGCUGGACGACUUGCUCACGACGCAAAGAAACUGCGUAACUCCGAGACCUGGGGAGAAAAGGACCUUGGCGAUGAAGCUCAAAGAGAAGUCAGGCAACUUGCACUUGAAAACCUGCGCGCGGACACCCGCUACCAGUUCAUCAUCGACCUUUUCGAUAUCUGGAUACCCGCUUCCAACUUGGGUCUUGUCAACGUCAACGACGGCAUUGUUGGCUUUGCUGGUUUCAUUUCCUCUCUCAUGGGUCUUCGUGCUCAAUGGAUUGCCAUCAACAAUGGAAAGAAAAACUGAGAUUCCCUAUAUAAAAUCCUGUCUAUACUUCUACCUGUAUUUGAUGUUUAUUGCCCCAGGGCCCGCGUACUUUUGUCUAAUCUCUGGCAUCUGCCUUUGAGUCCUAAGUUGUACCACGCAUUCGAGCGUAUUCUUGACGGCUGCUUUGCAUGUAAAGGAUAGAAUCAAGCUAUCCCGCCAUCAUCAUGGAAGUGGUUGAGACGCUUUCUCUU